AAGGAAAGGUUUUGGGGUCUCACCACUUUUAAUGGGUGCUUUGAUUCUUGGGUUCUCUACUGGAGGACAUUCUUUGUUCACCCUUGGAAGGAGUAGCUGGAUGACUAAUAAUUUGAAGGCUGUACAUUUUCCAGGUUCUUCUAUAGGACUGCAAGUGCCAACAUGCAAUUCGUCUAACAUACUAGAAAGGUUUUAUGCUAAAAGGUUUCAGCGGCAUAUUGUCAAGCAUCAUGUUACAGGUAUUCAGGAAACGCCUACAGCCUUCCAGAAAAGUAAUACAAAGUUUCUGGUGAAUGCCACCUCCGGUCACCCUUUUGAAUCAGAGCCAGAAACUUACCCAAAGACCAGUUGGAAUUCUGUUAAAAUGGAAUUGGAUGCUUUUUACAGGUUUUCACAGCCUUACACAGUUAUAGGCACAGCAUUCAGCAUUGUUUCAGUUUCACUCCUUGUUGAGAAGGUUUCAGAUCUUUCUUCCCUGUUUUUUACUGGGGUGUUGGAGGCCGUGGUUGCUGCCCUUAUGAUGAAUAUUUAUAUUGUUGGUUUAAAUCAGUUGUCCGACAUUGAGAUAGACAAGGUUAACAAGCCUUAUCUUCCAUUGGCAUCAGGGGAAUAUUCCACAUUUACUGGUUUCAUGAUUGUCACAGCAUUUUCCAUCAUGAGCUUUUGGCUUGGAUGGAUUGUUGGUUCAUGGCCAUUAUUUUGGGCUCUUUUCAUCAGUUUUGUGCUUGGGACCGCAUAUUCAAUCAAUUUGCCACUACUGAGAUGGAAAAGGUUUGCAUUGGUUGCAGCGAUGUGCAUCCUAGCUGUUGGAGCAGUGAUUGUUCAACUUGCUUUUUAUCUGCACAUACAGACCCACGUAUUCAGCAGACCAGCUAUCAUUUCAAAGCCUCUAAUUUUUGCUACUGCAUUCAUGAGCUUCUUCUCAGUUGUUAUAGCAUUAUUUAAGGAUAUACCUGGUAUUGAAGGAGAUAAGAUAUUUGGAAUCAGAUCUUAUACAGUACAACUGGGUCAAGAACGGGUGUUUUGGACUUGUAUUUCACUUCUUGAAAUGGCUUAUGGUGCUUCCAUUUUGGUUGGAGCAACAUCUUCCUACACCUGGAGCAAAGUCAUCACUGUUUUGAGUCAUUCCAUCUUGGCUUCAAUUUUAUGGAUCCGUGCCAAAUCUGUUGAUCUGAAGAGCAAAGCUGCAAUAACAUCAUGUUAUAUGUUUAUUUGGAAGCUCUUCUAUGCCGAGUACUUUCUCAUACCGCUUAUAAGGUGAGUACUGGAGCAUUUUUAGAGGAAUAAUUUAUCAAGUCAUGUAGCCUAAGUUUGUUCCAUCCCAAAGUAAAGAACGUAAGAUGCCAUCAAAAUGAAAAUCCAAGAAAUUUUGUUCGCAGAAUUGUGAGCAAUAGUAAAUUUAAUCGUACGAAUUGACAUCUAUAAACAAGUACUUAACAAGGUUUGACAAUGAGAUUUCCUCUCCUAUGAAAGGGGGAGAAAAUGGAGGGUGAAGCUCAUACUAGAAUAGACUAUGAACAAAAGACAUUAAGCUCCAUCUCUAACUACCAGUUUGUUCAUAUAUAAAUCACCAGCAAUGAUCUCAAGGCCAGAUAGCCAGAAUCUAAUAACUGAAAAUAAUAAUGGAAUAAAAAAUUUAAUAGGCAGUAAACCAUUCCAGUACUAAAGAUUAAGAGUAAAAUGAGCCAACAAAAUAUCCCUUACUAGUUGGCUUUCAACUGCUGGAGGGAUUAUUGCUCUUUUGAUAGAGAAAGAGGAGACCUCUAUGAGAAAGACAGGCAAGAAAAUGCCAAGGUAACAUUGAUAAGUGGAACUUGUGUACUUUCCAUAUUCUUUUAAAAUUUUGGAGCCCUAUCCAACCGAACCCAAGGCUAUUUGCUGCAGAUGGUUUUGAAGAAUAUAUAUACAUAUAUGUAUAUUAUAUAUAGAGCUGUUUCAGUAUUCCUUCAAAACAGGCCA